AUCCGCAUACAUUUCUGUAGUCAUGCUCUCUUCUGAUGCCAUCCAGCCACGUAUUCUUCGUUCUGGACCACUUACUAUUCAAAAGGUUUCUCAAGUAAGAUGGGCUCCAGCUACUUUGGAACGAAUGGGUCGCUCGGUUUUUGCUACUGCUACGUUUGAUUGCUCAUCUCCCUGUAUUUCAAUGUGGUCAUUCGAUCCACUAUCCAAUUCAGACACAAAUGAUGCAAUCGCUUCCGUUACAUCCAAUAGCAACGUAUCUGUAUCUACUAGCAAUGAAGCAACAAUCCAUCAACUUUCAUCUACUGAUAUUUCAUCCAGAUCUGGAAUCACUGGUAUCGAAUUUACUCAAAAUGGAUCCAUGUUGGUCACUUCAACCGAGGAUGGAUAUCUGCAUAUAUUCCGAAUAGAUAGUCGGGAUGAAUUCAAGCUAAUCCCAAUGUCUGAAACUCAAGCACAUACAAGACAUGCAAGUUACUUGGCUGGAUGCACUGCUUUGGAUAUAUCUCGUUCUGGUGGUGAUCAUUGUCAGAUUGCAUCUGUUGGAUCCGAUGGACAGGUUGUAUUCAGCACAAUCGAUGGUCGUAUUCAGCAUACAAUUGCUAAAGUGGAUAGUCAGACAUUGACUAAUGUACAAUGGCGAACACCAUUUCAAGUGGUAACGACAAGUUUGUCUGGGCGUAUUUGUUUGAUAGAUCAGCGAGCAGAUAAACCUGCAUUGGUGUUUGCAGAUCACGGAGCUGUAUUACAAUCGCACCAUAGUUUGGCUGUUCAUCCAACUCAAUCUGAAAUGCUUGUAACCGGUACUGAAAGUGGAAUUGUACAACUGUGGGACUUGCGAAAUGUUUCAUCACCAGAAUCUUCAGAUACCAAAAACCACAAAUCGAUUGUAUGGGAUCUUCAAAUUUCAAGUAAUGAUAUAGGCAAAGUUUGGAGCUGUUCAGAGGACGGAUCGAUCUGUGCAUGGACAAGUAUGGCUAGUAGAGAUCUUGCUCAAAAAGGGAUUGGUCAUACUGGUUUUGCCAUUGGAUUUUCAGGAGAAGAAUCGGUAAAAUAUCGAUCCAACACCAUUCGAUUGGGAUUGAAUUCACUGUCAGUGCACAGUCAAACAGGAGCAAUUGUUUCAGCAGGAGAUGCAGGAAAUAUUGUUUACUGGUCACCUUGAUACUCUUGUAUGCUGUGUUCGAUUUACAACCAUUUUUACGUAAAACGGGAUACCAUUCAUCUUGCAGUGACUGCGUCUGAAAUCAACAAUAAAUAUUCGUUGUUUUUCUAUUGAACAUUAAU